GUAUGACUAUUUAUAAAUAAAUAAAUGAGAUCUACUCUAGUCUCUACUCAUUUGAUUUUGGGGAAGUUAAACUGAACUUAUAAUAAUACUAAUAAUAGAUCUAAUAAUAAUAUUAAUUAUAUUAUUAACUUAUAGCCAUAAUGGCUAGUGAAAUUGGAACAUUUCGGCGCAGCUAUGCUGUUUCGCUGCACAAAGUUGAAAAUACUAAAAUGAAGUUCAAUGAUUUACAUCUGAUGAUCUCUCAGGAAAGUGCUAGUUAUUUAGGGAAAACAUUGAAUGAUGAUCCAUUUGUGUGUGCCCUGCGAGUUAAAAGAAAACCAAAAAGCUUUGUUGGGAACAACUCAAACAUUACGCCUGUGUCACCCAGUUCAAACUCAUCAUCACCCGGUCGACCUACGAUUGCAACAAGCGUUGUCAUGGCAGAAGAUAUCAUUGUCUGCCUUUGGAAAGCAGAACCAUUUUAUGAUUCUGAAACUUUGAAAAACACAAAGUUUGAGGACUCAGUAUCUCUCUCAAUAGAUGGAGACAGUAGUGAGGAUGACAGUGGGGACAAUGAAAUCAUAACUAUCAAAAUUUUCUGCACAGAAAUGUUUCUCAAAUAUUACCAUCUUACACUGGAAGAUACCUUUUUUAUUCGAGCAGUUGAGGCAUUUGGAUUAAAAAAAGCCAUAUUCUCAGUUUCUGUGAAGGAAACUUAUGAUUGGUUACAGAAAGAAGAAUUCAGCCAAGGUCUUAUGACAGAAAUAUGCAAACACGAUCUUCUUGUGCGCCAGAAUGAUGUCUUUCUUGCCCCUUACCCACAAUCCUUUCUUGAUGAUCCAACAUUUGAUAGAAGCUGGUACUUUAAUAUUAAAGCUAUAGCAUGUGCUCCAUUUCAAGUUGGUCUCAUCACUUCAUCUACAGAAAUCAUAAUUUACUUUGAAAAAGCCAUAGCCCAUCUUCCGUCUAAACAUCGUCACCUUUCUGGGCCACACAUAGAACAGUACACUGAUCUACCUAUAAUGUCUGCAUUUUUAAAACCACUGACUAAUGAUAAUGAGGAUUUUAACUUUAAUGAUGAUAAAAAUUUGAACAGUUUCAAUGACUUUUUCUUGAGCAGUGCAUUCAUCAUACAACAGAAAAUUCACUGGAAAAAAGUAUUGUUCCAAGAUGAAAACAUUGAUUUCAUAGAUUUAUCUACAGUUCUGGGCAUGCCGAGGAAUCUCAUGAAGUCCUAUUCCAUUGUGAAUGGAACUAUAUUGAAGAUUUGCCUUUAUCCAAAAGACCUUCUACGUGAUGUUCAAAAAGAUGAUGUUGAGAAUUUUAUCAAGAAAGAAAAACCAAAACAGAAGUUUGUUAAAGUCCAAGCUCUGUCAAAGAAACUGGAUGAGACUAUGGUUUUGUUCAUAUCUUCUAUAUUACUCUUCAAUCUUCAAAAUGGACCUCCUGUAAUAAUGUCACCACUUCUCUUAAUAGAAAAACCAUCCAUUCCUAGAGUAAACAGUGAAACAGAUAUAGAUAGACCCAAGAUUUCUAGAUCACUCAGUGUGCCUAUAGACUUUGCUGAUGAAAUUCAAAUUGAUAUUAUUAUGUCACCAAGUUACCCGCCAAAGGCUAGACAUAUGGAGUCUCUCAGAAAAUAUUUUCAGAUACCAAGGUUAUUAAGUGUGGGCGAUGUAUUUGCUGUUACUAGUAUAGAUGACCCAGAGUUUUGGCAAGAAGCUCAAGUGGACACUGGUGUUCGUAAACCAGUUGUCUUUUUCAAAGUGAGGUCCCUCUCAAAGAGUCAUUCAGAGGCAUCUACUUUUUAUGUUGAUGUAGAACAUUCAUCUUUGAUACAGAGUGGUCAAGAUCACAGCUACGUGCCUCUAAGUGCUAGUAAAUAUCUUUCUAUUGGCAAUGCAAUCUAUGGUCAAAGCAUAGUGUGCCCUGGACUAGAUAAAUACAUCACCAUGCUAGAGUAUUACGUCAUGCCUCACCUGAAUAAAAAUCAGGAUGUUUCAAGUUUCACUGAUUUAAUGCCAUCUGUUCUGAUCUGUGGGUCUCGAGGCUGUGGUAAAAGAACUGUUAUCAACACAGUGGCUAGAAAACUUUAUAUGCAUAUUAUGGAGGUUAACUGCCAUGAUAUUGUGGGAGAGGCAUCUUCUGAGUCUAAAAUUGCUACUGUCAUUAAUUCAGCCAUCAAGUAUGCUCCUUGCAUAAUUUUACUGCGAAAUGUUGAAAUGAUUGGGAAAGAGAAAGAAGGUUUCUAUGAUGGUCCUCGUGUCAUUAACAAGUUUAACAACAGCAUUCGACAAGUUGUGGCCCAAUCUCAUACCUGGCCCCUUUUGAUAUUGGCCACAACGACUAAUGUUUCUGAUAUGUCUGAUGACUUGUUGCCAAUAUUUUUACACCAAAUAAACAUUGAGUCUCCAAAUGAAAUGGAGAGAGCAGACAUUAUCCAAGGCUUGUUAGAGAACUGUGAUGUGUCUCCAGACUUGUCUAUCAGCCAUCUUGCUCAGAGAACUGCGGGUUUUGUACUUCGAGAUCUCACAACUUUGAUUCUUCAAGCUAAAAGAGAAGCUUACCACAAAGUCUUGAAAAUAUGUUGUCCUGACGGCAAGCCAGCCAGUUUACAGAAAGAAGAGGAUAUUGUGACUGCUGGAGUUGUUAUGGAGCAGUGUGAUUUGGAAGCUGCCUUGGAUGAGAUGCAGUCUUUACACUCUGACAGUAUUGGUGCACCUAAGAUUCCAUCUGUGAAAUGGGAUGACAUUGGAGGUUUAGAAAGUGUCAAGUCUGAAAUCAUUGACACAGUACAGCUUCCCUUACACCAUCCUGAGCUUUUGGCUGCUGGCCUAAGACGGUCUGGUGUUUUACUGUAUGGCCCACCAGGUACAGGGAAAACAUUAAUAGCCAAGGCUGUGGCCACAGAAUGUUCUUUGAAUUUUCUCAGUGUGAAGGGGCCAGAACUCAUUAAUAUGUAUGUUGGUCAAAGUGAAGAAAAUGUUAGAGAAAUAUUUAAACGUGCUCGGAGUGCUUCCCCUUGUAUUAUAUUUUUUGAUGAGCUGGACUCUUUGGCACCAAACAGGGGGAGGAGUGGUGAUUCUGGUGGAGUAAUGGACAGAGUAGUUUCUCAACUGUUAGCAGAGUUGGAUGGACUUCACGAGUCUUUUGAUGUUUUUGUUAUUGGGGCAACUAACAGACCUGACCUGCUUGACCCAGCAUUGCUCAGACCUGGCAGAUUUGACAAACUUUUAUACUUGGGCACCAGCUCUGACUGGCAGGCCCACUUGAAGAUAUUAGAGGCAUUAACCAAAAAGUUCACCCUUUCUCCUCAUCUAAGUUUAGAAGAUGUUGCAAAGCAGUGUCCUCCAAAUUUGACCGGAGCUGAUUUGUACGCCUUGUGUGCUGAGGCAAUGCUCAAUGCUUUAAGAAGAAAGAUUAAUCUUGUGGAAAAUGGAGAAGAUACAGAUCAAAGUAAAAUAGAAGUAGAUGAAACAGAUUUUAAGAGUGCUUUGGAAUCGCUGGUUCCUUCUGUGUCACAAGAAGAUUUAGACAGAUACGAACUCAUCAGAGCGUCCUUCCAAUCCUAAGGCCCACAUCACUUUCUUCCCUGGAAUGUCUUAUUUACAUGACGCUGUUAGAAACAAUAGCGACCUCAAACUUAUAUCUGAGCUAGAUCUCACUGAUUGUGCAAGGUGUUUUGUAUCCUAAUAUAUCACUCAGUACAGAAAAGAGCAGAAUAAAGGACCCAAUUUAAAGAGGAAAACAAAUGUAAUAAGAAUAAACUUUGUGUCUCCAUCUUAAUUCACUUUGUGAUAGUGCUGUUGCUACAAACAAAUUUGUUUCAGUGGUUCAUUCAUGUUUCUUUAUUAAAAAAAUAUAACAUUUUAAAAAUAAUAUUUAAAAAAUAGCUAUGCUUUAUAACAUAUUUUCAUGUUCAUUUUGCUGCCAUUGCAAAUUUUGCAAACAGUAUAUAAAAUAAAUAAGAAUUUUAAUGUUGCUGAUGUCACUGGUGUUAAACUUUGAGCUUUGGCAGAAAACUAUGAAUGAUUUUUUGUACUAUAUUUAUGUAUGAAAUAGGCGCUUGUGGUUUUUACUGAGUGUGGAAAGAGCUUUUAGUGCUUCACUGCAAAACCUGAAUUAAGAUGUAACUUUCAAAAAAAUAAUAUAAGCCAUUAUAACCUUUUCAGGGACCUUUUUAAGGCUUUCCUUGAUGCUUCUCAUCUCAGGAACGCAAUGAGCACUAAUAAGGAUUUCUAUCAGUGGACAGGUUCCUCACUGGUCAGGACCACUCUGAGUUUAGGUUGCACUUGCACCAUAUCGUGCUGAUGGUGCACCACAAUCCCUUUAUAGUCCUAUUAUGAGAUUGCCACCUCUACAAUCCCUUUAUAGUCCUAUUAUGAGAUUGCCACCUCCACAAGAGGACCACCCCUCAAGUACUCUAUUCUAUUGGACAUUCUGUGUGGAACAGUGUCAAGAUUGGGUUAGGAAUAUCUUCAUGUAAUUCCCACCUCAUGACUUAAGAUUCCAGUGAGUUGAAUGGGUUGGUUAGUAGGUUUCUUCAGUAACUCACUGGAGGCAAAUUUUACUACUGUAGUUUGCCUAUCCGCUUUCACUAAGGGGAAGCAUAUUGCUGCCAGUAUUCUCCUCUGUUCAUCACAUCACUUUGCAAAACUUUUGGCUCUUAAUAAGAAUCCUCAGUGAUACCUUCCUUCACAUUUUUGGAUGUGGUCACUAAGUCUAAAGUGUUGAUGACCAGUAGAUCGUAUUUCUACUGCCAGCACAUCUUAUUUAUUUCAAAGUGCUUUGUCUUGUUUUGUCAACAGAUGCAACAAAUAGCUGGUAUUACUGUAGUUAUAUGUAUAAUCAAAUGAUUUGCACAAUAUAUUUGAUAUUUCUUUCUUAAUUAAGUGCCAAACUAAUUUUGCCUUUUUACCUCCCAUAUUUUGUUCCAGGAGGUAAGAAAGGAGGAGAAGGUUUGGUAGCGACCCCCCCCCCCCUGUAAAACCUCAAUUGGUCAUUUAUUUCAAAGACACACAAAUGUGAUAGAAUUUUCAUUUUGUUAGAGUAACUUCUUUCAGAGAACUAUUCUUCCUAACUUUCAUUGUUUCAAUUGAACACACACUAAAUUCUUGCCCUAUUUUUAAGAGCUAAGUAAAAAAUGAAGAAAAACUUUUAAUGAACAGGAACUUCCAACUGUUUGUAGUAAGUUAGACUGUACAUUAAUAUACAUUUUUUUAAAUUACUUUAAUACAGUGCAUCUUUAUGCUUAUAGCACACUCAGGCCAAUCUCUUUUGUGGACCAGUGGAGGGGAGGGGAUAUUUGGGAGGUUUUCAUGCUGCCUUUAGGCACAGCAAACAACUCGAUCUGGAUUCAAACUUGAGCCCCCUUGUUUUGGCCUCUCAACCACACAUCCCACCAUUCAGCUUGAUUAAACGAAGUUGUUACCAAAAGGUGUUAUAACACAACUGUGACUUGAAAUUGAUCAUGUAUUUCUUUCCAUUGAUUGUUAUUUGUAUUAUUGAUGUAUAUUUAUUUUUAUAAUAAAUUAUUGCUUUCAUUCCUUA